AUGAACUCAUUCGAGUGUCUCACGCGACGUUGUCUGGCCGGAGUGUUCUGGCUAAUGGGGCUAGUGCCGCUGCCGCCCAGCUCCCAGCUCUGCUCGCUGCUGCUGUCCUUGGCGAUUCGCUGCUGUUGGAUUGUGUACCUCGUAUACCUGCUGUCAAUCGGCAUCGGCUUCUGGUCGGUGGCCACGGAGAGUGUGGGCAAUGUCGUGGGCACCAUGCUCUUCAUGGGCAGCACCAUUUUGGGUCUGCUGCUCCUCCUGGAGAGCGUGCUGAAGCAGAAGACCCACAGACAGCUGGAAGACCUGCGCUUCCAGUCGCAGCUCCAGCUGCAGCGCCUCGGGAGGUUCGGACGAGGACGCCAAGCCGCGUACCUGCUGCCGCUGAUUGGGACCCAGUUCGCCUGCGAUCUGGUGAGAGUCCUGAUCAGCGCCGAAGUCGGGACAAUGAUAUCGCCAGUGUUCUUGGUCUCCCUGCCGCUCAUGUGGCUGCUCCGCCUCCGAUACGUGCAGCUGGUGCAGCACGUGAUGGAUCUCAACCAUCGCUCGCUCCAGCUGCGCCGCUCCCUGCUCGCCCUGGCCGCGGGCAACGAUCUCUGGCAGCCGUACGGCGUCCAAGAGUGGGCCCAGCUGCAGACCCUCCGGAAGACCUACCAACGCAUCUUCGAGUGCUACGAGGUGCUCAGCGACUGCUACGGCUGGGGCAUGCUGGGGCUGCACCUGGCGACCAGCUUCGAGUUUGUGACCAACGCCUACUGGAUGAUCACGGGACUGUACGAGGAGCAGAACCUCUUGAUCCUCACCUUCAACGGAGCCACCGCCGUGGACUUUGGCACGCCCAUAGCCACUCUCUCCUGGUACGGCGAUGCGGGGGCCGAAAAUGGUCGCGAGAUCGGUUGUCUCAUCUCCAAGCUGGUGAAGCCCCUGGGCAGCAGGCGCUACAACCAUCUGGUCAGUGAGUUCUCCCUGCAGACGCUGCACCAGCGCUUUGUGGUCACCGCCAAGGACUUCUUCAGCCUCAAUCUGCAUCUACUGAGUAGUAUGUUUGCAGCCGUCGUCACUUACUUGGUCAUUCUCAUACAGUUCAUGUUUGCGGAGAGGAGUGCCAAUGCGUAUUCGGGGUAG